UAAUAAUAUUCCCUUGACCAAAGAUUUUUAACAGAAGAAGAUCGUUCAGGAUAAUAUAGACGUUUUGAAUAUGUAUCGUAAGGAGAAUAGCCCAUACCAAAACUUGACCGGGUUCCAUAUGCAUGUGAUUGAUAAGGGUCAGUUGUACGAUAAUAAGAUGAAUAUGGAUAAGCACCACUAUUAUCCAUAUAGUCGUAAGGAGAUAUCAUACUAUUGUUUCCAUACAUUGAAUUACCAUUAUAAAUUGAGUUACCAUAGCCAUACAAUGAAUUCCCAUAACCAUACAUUGAAUUAUUACCAAUCAUCCCAGGAGUUCCUUGACCAUACAACGAAUUACCAUACAUUGAAUUACCAUACAUUGAAUUACCAUAUAUUGAAUUGCCAUACAUCUGUUGCUGUUGGAUAUUAUAAGGAUUCAUAUAGUUCAUGGCACUAUUCAUCAUCCCUAAAUGGUGUGGUUGUUGUUGUUGAUAUCCGUUCAUCAUAUAAGGAUUCAUUCCAAAAAUUCCUCCACCUGUCAUCAUACCAUGCAUUUGUUGUUGUUGCAUUAAUGCUGCUUGUGCUGGUCCACCUGCCAUCAUCAUCAUCAAUUGUUGUUGUUGAUAUUGUUGCUGUUGUUGUUGUACUUGUUGUUGCUGUUGUUGUUGUUGCUGCUGUUGGAAUAAUAAUUCUUCUGUUGGAUUUGUACCACCAUUACCAUUAUUACCACCAUUCAUCAUCAUAUUUCCCAUCAUUGGUCCACUAUAUCCAGCCGCUAUCAUUCCAGCAUUAGUAAUUCCAGCCGCGUCUCUCAUACGUCGUAAGAGAUUAUCAAUCACGCCACCACCUUGUUGUUGUUCCAUAUUGGUUGGAUGAGGUGUGUUAGGUUGUGACGAAGGAUCAGAAGGAGAAGAAGGUGCUGUAACACUACCUGAAGCUUGUUGUUGUUGUUGUUGUUGUUGCUGCUGCUUUGGUAUUUCUUGCUGUUGUUGUUGUUGAGGAUUGUUCAUGCCGCCAACCAUGCCGGGAGGAAAAUUUUGUUGCAUAUUGGAAUAGUCUUGUGGAAAAUGAGAGAAUGACCUUGACCGGUGAUGUUGUCCAUACAUAAGAAGGGAAUAAUAUAGAACCAGUUGUCGAUAACAAUAUGAAAAGACAAACAGGUGAAUAUAGUUUGAUAUAUAUAUAAGGGUAUCUAGUUGAAUAUAAAACAAAACAAAAAAAAAAGGAACUGAUCGUUUAUUCAAAAUAUAUAAAAAGAAGAAAAG